CCGUGCUCUCUUCCCAUUGUCAACUCUUCGCGCGAUCGACAGUGAGGAUCUCUCAGUGAUUGGUGAUCGAAAGCUAUGGACUAUUCAGUCGCAAGGACAUCUUGCAACAGUGACAGUAUGAUCGUGACAAGUGAAUCCGCCAAUCCGGCCAAGAAUGCCCUCAAUUUCAGUGUCGACCGCCUGCUGUCGUGUGACCGCGACUUCAGUGACAAUUCCAAGUGCCAUCCUGACGACGUGUCCAGCCUGGACGACGCCGGGAACAGAGUCAUCCGACCCAUGCCAAUUAGAAUCACGGGCGCGGGACGCGAUCAUCGAGGAAUGCCUUGCGGAGACUCUAGUCCCGUCAUCCCGUCGAUAAUGCGCUUCACACAUCUCUUCACGCCAACCUACAAUCACCACAGAUCCUUCUACGGCCUUCCACCUCCUCAGAAUCCGCCGCUGAGGUCCACAGUCACCGCCAUGGACACUCCCGACGCCUCGACGUCCGCCAGUCCCGCCGCCUCGUCCUCCACGAAGCGGAAGCGCUCCUGGUCGAGGGCUGUCUUCAGCAAUCUUCAGCGAAAAGGCCUGGAGAUCGCGUUCGGCGGCCAGAAGUACAUCACGAAGCCCGACCGACGGAAAUUGGCGGCGCGACUGGGACUCACGGAUGCACAAGUAAAAGUGUGGUUCCAAAAUAGAAGAAUGAAGUGGAGACACACCGGCGAGGAGAAGAAUUGCCCCAGCAAAAGGAGCACAUUUGAUAAAGACGAAGCAUUCGUGGGCGCUGAAGAUGAUGAAAUAGACGUGGUUUCGGACUAAAGUGAAUUGUAUCGCAACUCUUGAGAUCCAUAAAUUCAUUA